UGCCUCUAUUCAAUGCUUCUCUAAAGCUAAUUCCUGUUGCACAACAGUAGAAAGCGGUGAGACUGAACUGCAAAGCGAGAUGGGAGACAGCGAUGAUGAAUACGAUCGCAGGAGGAGGGACAAAUUCAGGCGGGAGAGAAGUGAUUAUGAUCGUUCCAGAGAAAGAGAAGAUCGACGCAGAGAUGAUUGGAAUGACAGGGAGUGGGAUCGGGGCAGGGAGCGUCGGAGCCGCGGUGAAUACCGGGAUUACGAUCGUGGUCGGAGGGAGAGAUUUAGCCCGCCCAGGCAUGACAUGAGCCCCCAGCAGAAACGCAUGAGAAGAGACUGGGAUGAUCAUGGAGGAGAUCCUUAUCGUGGAGGGUAUGACUUGGGUUAUGGUGGUGGAGGAGGUCCAAGCUACGGACCCCCACAGCACUGGGGCCAUCCUGACCUGCACCUCAUGCAGCCUCACCAGGGCAUCCCCAUUCAGGCCAGACUUGGGAACAUCCAUGACAUGGAUCUGGGUCCGCCUCCUCCAAUAAUGAAGAGUUUUAAAGAGUUCCUGCUGUCCCUUGAUGACACCGUGGACGAGACAGAAGCCGUCAAACGCUACAACGAGUACAAGAUCGACUUCCGUCGGCAGCAGAUGCAGGACUUCUUUUUGGCCCAUAAGGAUGAAGAGUGGUUCAGAUCCAAAUACCACCCAGAUGAGGCCAGCCGCCUGAAGGCAGAGGCUCAGAGCUCUCUCUGCAAUCGUCUGAACGUCUUCAUGUUCCUGAUGGAGAACGGCUGGUUCGAUAACGUUUCCCUGGAUAUCGACCAAACUCCUGCCAUCAUCAAGGUGUUGGAUGCAGCCGUGAUAAAGAUGGAAGGAGGGACUGACCAUGAUCUCCGCAUUCUGGACAUGCCACCUGAAGAAGAGGAAGAAAGGGAAAAGUCUGCAUCGGCUUCUGGGGGAGGAGGGGAAUCUCAAAGAAGGGAAGACCAGAAAGCAGUGGACCGACAGCGCAAGCCUUCAGGCGAGAAAGACAAAACUGAGAAGGAGGAGGGCGACUCGGGCGGAGCUGAGGCCAAAGCAGACGGACUGGAUGUAAAGGAGGAGGCGGAAAAAGAAGCUGUCAGAGAGGAGAAGCCUGAACCCAAGAAGGCAAGACGAAAGAGGAAGCGUAGCGGGGACAGCGACGACGAAGCGAGCGCCUCAGAGAGCGAAUCUGACUCAGACUCUGACUCGAACUCCGACUGCUCCGACAAACCAGAGAAAAAAGAAGAGCAAGACAAGGAUGAGGAGGAGGAGGAGCAGGGAGAAGAAGAGAAACCAAAGCAGAACGACGAAGAAGAGAAGAAGGAAGAGAAGAAACCCAAAGACGACUCCCCCAGACCACGGCCGCUGCACAAGACCUUCUCCCUGUUCAUGAGGAGCAUUGCUCCCACCAUUUCCAAGGCCGAGAUUGUUGCUCUUUGUCGACGAUAUCCUGGGUUUUUACGUGUUUGCUUGUCUGACCCUCACCCAGAACGCAGGUUUUUCAGACGGUGCUGGGUGACAUUUGAUCGCAGCGUCAACAUCAAGGAAAUCUGCUGGAACCUUCAGAAUAUACGCCUCAGAGACUGUGAACUGGCUCCAGGGGUGAACAGAGACUUGGCCCGGAGGGUGCGUAAUGUUAACGGCAUCACUCAGCACAAGCAGGUGCUGCGGAACGACAUCAAGCUGGCUGCUAAGCUAAUUCAUGCUUUGGAUGAGAAGGGAGACCUUUGGAGCAACAAAGCUCAGGAGGACGGUCAGAGCACCGAGUUGCCGGCUCAGAACCCCAUCUUGAAGAACAUCACUGAUUACCUGAUUGAGGAGGUGAGCGCUGAGGAAGAGGAGCUCCUGGGUUCUGGCAGCGGAAUGGACCCCGAGGAGAGCGCUAAGGAGGGAAACCCUGCUGAGUUAACUGUGGAGAGGGAUGAUAAGCUAGCCAAGGUUUUGGAUCGUUUGCUCUUGUAUCUGCGAAUUGUGCAUUCAGUUGAUUACUAUAACACCUGUGAAUACCCCAGUGAGGAUGAAAUGCCUAACCGCUGUGGCAUGAUCCAUGUCCGAGGCCCAGUUCCCCCCAACCGCGUAACACAUGGAGAAGUGCAACAGUGGGAAAAGGUGAUAGAGGAGAAAUUGAUGCCUUUAUUUAACCUAAAGGAAGUCCUCUCUGAGGAAGAGGCUGUGAAGAUGGGUCGCAAGGACCCUGACGAAGAGGUGGAGAAGUUUAUAUCUGCAAACACCCAGGAGCUGGGGAAGGACAAAUGGCUUUGCCCUCUCAGUGGCAAGAAAUUCAAGGGUCCAGAGUUCGUUCGGAAGCACAUCCUGAACAAACACGGGGAGAAAAUCGAAGAAGUGAAAAAGGAGGUUUUGUUUUUCAACAAUUUUCUCAUGGAUGCCAAAAGACCAUCGCUGCCAGAGAUGAAACUUCCACCUCUUCCAGGUCCUGGGCAAGGUUUGCUUUCUCCCACUCUGCCGUUCCCUCCUCAAGGCCCUCAGGGUCCAAUGGGCUUCGGUCAGCCUCGUCCACCUCUGAUGGGUUAUGGUGGGCCCCCUUAUCCUCCAAACCAGUUUGGAGGAGGCAGAGGAAACUACGACAACUUCCGUGGACAAGGUGGCUACCUGGGAAAGCCACGUAACAUCCGGUAAGAAUGUCCCGGGGAGAUCCACGAAAUAUCAUAGAAUAUCGGGACCUAGAUGCACCAGAUGAUAUAGACUUCUUCUAGCUGGUCAACCCAUCCUGUUUUUUUGCCUCAGCUUUUCACUUGCUUUGUGUUCUGCCUGUUUAUUUCCCUUUUUGUCGAUGCAGUAUUUCUUUCAUUGAUGUUUCAUUUUGUAACCGUUGUUUGGCUCUAUGAAAGGCUCCUGUAACAGCUGUAAACUGAUAAUCAAUAAAGUUAUUGA